AACCGCGCGGUGAUCCCAUAGAGCCGUGUCGUUUGUAUAAUUUCUUUAGGUGUCACAUCUUCCAGACACCUGCGACCAAGUUCCACCUUAUUUUUAUAAUUCUACAACAGUUUGGUAGCCUUUCUUUGGAAAAAACAAGAUCCUCCACACCCACACCAAUGAUCAUCAUCAUGAAGUUUUUGCUCCAGCGACUUGCUUUUGCAGUGCUCCCAGUUGAGCAUGCUCCCGUGGUGGAUGCGAGACGUGCAGGCCAUACCUUUUCGUAUGCUUGGAAAAAAAAACAACAAGGAGGGAAUCUCACUUACGAACGAAGGAUCUUAGAGUCGACUUUCUCGUCUCCUAGAAAUUACGUAGAACAGUUAGUAUAAUGAAGCAACUUUAGAUCCAGCGACGCUCAAAGCACUAAAUAAAACAACCGGUUAGUUUUUACCUCUCAACCUUAGGCUUAUCCCAUGAAACAAAGUAUAAUGAAGCAACUUUAGACUAGUAACAAAUGUACUAUGUAUUAUGGCUAUCCCUGCAUAUUCUAAGAACCAUCUUCGCCUGCAAGUAUCGCGAAUCGCACCAGUUCUUUACACGAGAGUCUACUGGCAGCUGAUGAGAGCUCCUCAAAUGCGACUAGGUUUACUGCACCGAGAACUUCGGGGGCAGCUAACGGCUCUGCAGCUAUCCGAUUGGCGCCGAGUAGGGGAUCGAGUACUGGGACAAAUGGACGUCAUGGAAGCUCCUCACGUGUUCGUAGAAAGGACAACUACUGUGACUGCUGCUCAGAACAUGACAAAAGAUGUCUCAAAGUCGCUGGUCGGGUUGCCCUUGGGGUGCUAUGUGCAGCGUCCUGGCAUUAUAUGGCUUGUAGGAAUGAUCCAUCUUCCGUGAAGUGUUUUUUGGAAGGACUGGUCUUCUGGAAGGACCGGUCUCUUGGAAGGGAUAGUGUUGACGUUGGAAGUCUGUCACCGGGAUAGAAGUCACCGGAGCUUUCUGAGAAAGAAGAUGGAUUUCUGCUGGAAGCACAACUAGUUCUAAUUCAAACAGUUUACAUCAUUUAGUCGUGGGAGUUGAAAGAGAUGCUGCUGCAGCUGGUGCAGGAGGAAGUACUAGUGGGGAUCGGGGUGGAAACGAGACGCGCAGUGAUUACCAUCGCGCUCAUCCUCUGGCCCAGUCCGCCUGGUACCAAUUUGCCCAUGAACAGCAACUCGUUAAUGGCGAACAUGUACGACUCGCUGAAUCUUCAAAGCAAUUGGGUCCUUAUCCCAUCAGCGCUCCUUUAAUGAGGGAGGCACAGGUGAGAAGCGGGGACGCGGGGAUGGGAGAAGGGAGUGGUGUGAGUGCUUCUUCUACUCGAAGCAGAGUUUGGCGUAUUCCGACGGUACAUCACAAAAAACAUCUUCAUGAUUUGCGAGGACAUUUUCAGGAGCAAGAUGCUGGUAUCGUCCGCGAUAUAAUUCGUAAUAUUAGAGGACAAGAUGCUCAUGCAGAUGACGACGGAGACGUAAGCGUGGCCGUGCAGAAUAUUGGGGACAUUUUAAUCGUGGCAGAAGCGCAUGUGGGAGAGUCGGAGCCUCUUCGUUUUAUCCUGGACACCGGAUCCUCCGACAACUGGGUUGUGAACCUGAAUGCGUCUAGGAUGCACGACAGCAGAUCCCUUAGAGACGGCUUUCAUCCUAGAACAGAACGCAGUCUGGCUUACACCUGUCAUGCAGAACAAGGUGAUACCAACCACGGUGAGCAACCUAGAAAUGGUGAGGACAAAUACGGCUUUGUGUCUCUACGUUACGGCACGGGAGCCGUGCGCGGACAGAACUGCAGGGAGAGCAUUUCACUGAAAACGGGUGGACCUCCGACACUGAAAGACAUCAACAAUGGAGGUGAAGCUGCAGGCAACGAAAACGUUUUAGACCUUGGUUCGGGGGAGAUGAUUCUCGCUGACGACUUGGACGCUUUCAUGUACGACGCUUGUGGGAAUUUCAGGUUGUCUGGUAUCUUAGGCCUAGGCUUGCCUGGUAUUCGACAAGUGAAAGACGGAGAUGUGGAAGGGUUGGUUGAGAAAUUUGCGAGACUCGUGGUGGAGCGAAAAGAGGGGGACAAUGGGAGAGGAGAAGAUCUUCAUGGUGCAAGAACUACAUCAAGUGUGCGUGAGGAGAGUACAAAUUAUGUUGUUGUUAGAGCUAUUUCAUCUGAUUCUGGUCGUGAGAUGAUAAACAAGGACAGCUACUCCUUUCUAGCGAAAAGAAGCAGCAACAACAAGGAAGUAGAGGAUGUUGAAUCGACCUCAGAGGAAGGACAAGCAGAUCAGUCUCAACAUUCAGCUGUGUGUCACGGUCCCCUCUGCUGUACGGAACACCUACGAGGGCAGCAAAAACAUUCUGGUACUGACCAGAAGUUGGAGUUGCCGGUCUUCUCGAGGUGUUCUCUUUCCGAUCAAGAAACGCCUGCUAUGCGUUUUGAGGUGCCAGGCUUCUACUCGCUGCCGCCAGGAGGAUAUGGAAACCCUCAUUACGACCCUCGAUUGAGAGGCAUGGGUUCUUUGGUGCUUGGUCCGUUCAACGCAGUUUAUCCUGGGUCGACGUCGACACAACAAGAAGAUGUGAAUGUACUUGCUGUGCUUCCACUUCCAAACAAGCCUGCUCAACAUAGAAAUAAGACGAGUAGACAUCAUUCGUCAACACCAGAGCAAAAGCUACACGACUUAUCAACUAGUUUGUUAGAGUUACAGCAAUCAUCGUGGUCUGACGAGCGGACUACCACAUCGAGCAGUGCGUCAGAUGUUGUUUCAUCUCCUGCUACCGCCACCGCGCCAAGUUCAAGCGUUACACCUUUUGCCACCGCAUCAAGCGCAGCUCCCCCUGCUGCUGCUGCUGCGUCAAGUGCCACACCGUCUACAGUUUCCAGAACAGCAAGCAACACUUCCACCCCGAUUAGUCCGAAAAACUUCGCAUACUGGCUGGUGCAGAUAGAGGAAGUCUACUGGUCCCAAAUGGAGGGAUGGCAUCAUGCUGCACCAAUCCUGAAGUCAAAUACAACAAGAGAGCUGUCGAACAAAGAGAAAGAGCAAGAGGAUGAGAGAAAGGGGAAAACGGCACACCAAAGGCAUCGGGGAGUUGUGCGGAAUACGUACUAUUUGAUAUGUUGUAAUUUUCAGUGUGAAUGACUGAGGAAGAACAAUGUGCUAUUUGUAGAACCGUUUUCCAAAAACUUGACGGAUCACGACUGAGUUUUCGAAGAACUCCUAAAGAUACUCUUAUCACGCAAAAUCUCAAUUCCUUUCAGGUUCGGUCUGUUCGACUCGGGUACUACCACUUUGGUUCUCCCACAAGAGGUCUAUAUGACUUUUCAAGACGCAUGUUAUCCGCCAAUUCAGGGAGAACACCCUGUAGGAUGGCCAACUGCGUGUUGCUACGAAGGCAGAGUGGAGGAUCGUCCGAUUUUAAACCUCCGUUUGGGAGGAGAGCUCUAUCGUCUCUACAGCACCGACUACUGCGGAAGCGAAAAUAACGCACUGAUUGAAAUUACGGCGGUUCUGUUGUGAAAGAUCGACAAACUAGAAUAGACAUUCAUGAUACCUUCUUUGCUUAAGUAAGCUAAGGCUCUUUACUAGUGGGUUCGAUUUUCACUUACAGACUUGCUUUUUUCGAAAAUAUCCCUCGCAUUCUAAGACCAGCAGUGGCGCAAUGGGUGUAGCGAUCCUUGGCGAAGUGGUGCAUCGAAAAUUUCCUGUUACUUACCUCCUCGAAUCUCCCUACGGCAUCGUUUUGCCGAAAGGAGUCAGCGCAGAAGAAGAAGGGGUGGCGGAAGGUGUGGUUGCAUAG